CAAUUUGAUGUACAGGUCCACAGCCCCCCCCCCCCUUUUUAAAGGUGGCUUCACUUUCUCUUCUACUCCCGACUCCCGCCUUUGCAUUUAAGUUCUCUACCUUCACAAAUCACAACAUUAUCGAUUUCAUCAGUAAUAAAAAAUUAAGAUGUCCAGAGCAACUGUCGAGCUCGAUUUCUUUGGCAUGGAGAAACAGAUCUCUGCUAACUCUCGUUUCCCUAAAAUCCUUCCUCGCCAAAGGAGCUUUCGAGAUAUUCAGAGCGCCAUUUCAAAAAUCAAUCCUGAGCUUCUCAAGUCUGUGAUUGCCUCUGGUUCUGCCAAUCAGCGGACUCCUGAAAAUGGCUAUCAGUUGGAUUCAAUAAAGUUGUGUUCGGUGCCUUCUACCCCUAAACAAGAACUCACUCCAUUUCGCCCUUUACCUGUCUAUUCUCCUCUUCAAAGGCCUGCCUUCGAGAGUACUCCGGAAACGGCUCCUUUGACGAUCUUCUACAACGGAACCGUUGCGGUUUUCGAUGUUCCUCGAGAUAAGGCGGAAACCAUUUUGAAGCUUGCCGAAAAUGGACUCUCCAAGUCUGUUGAAUCAACCAAUGAAAAACAGCUGCUGCAUACUCUUGAUGGAGAUCUGCCAAUUGCCAGGAGAAAAUCUUUGCAGAGGUUUCUAGAGAAACGCAAGGAGAGGUUGACUUUGGCAUUCCCUCAUGCAUCCUCAUCUAUUUGUCGUUUAUUGAACAAAGCAGAAGUGGGAAGACCGUGAAGGAGCUGUUUCAGGAUAGGGACCUUAGAAUACUGUUUCCUCCUUGUAUGGCGCAGGAUUGGGUUGCUUUCUAUUAUGCUUUCCGCUUUUGAUGGAUAGCUAAACAAAAAAAAGUUAAAAUUUAGAUAAUGGCAUUGCUCCGUAGGGUCCAUUUUUUAAGUGGUUGAGUGUCACGUUUUUUGUAAUGGGUAUUUUGGCAAUUAGGCUCAAGUAUUCGUUACUCUGUUUCGCUGCAGUUUCCUAUGGUCAUCAUGUCUUUAAUUGAUGCCAUUAUUUUAUCUGCAGCGUUUAUGUCGCGAACUUAUUUUUCUAAACCAUUAUGUAUUUCUUUAAAUCCCUAAAAGCAGUGUUAACUGUUAAAUUCUUA